CACUGACCACCAACAGCUGUGUUGUAGAAUCGCCUACACGUGCGCUUAUAUACAUGUAAAAAUAUAUAUUUUUUUAUAGUUAGUUUUGUAUAAGAAAUUAUGGGCAGCACGCGUUUCUUCCUUGCCGACUUGCCGGCCAAAACCACAGAGCAUGACCUGCGUGCACUUUUCCAGGACUAUGGCGACGUGGAGCGCGUGGAGCUAAAGACGAAAGAACAGUUUGUGGAUUCGGGUCAAACAAUAGCCAAAGUUAUAGCUUUCGUGACGGCGCAGACGGAGGAUGCCGACUACUGCGUCAAUGAGCUCAACUGGCAGCGGCUGCAUGGUGCCAAGCUGAAGGUGUCGCUGGCCAAGGAAUCGUUCUUGGAUCGCCUCAAGCGCGAGCGUGACGAGGGCCAGCAGAGCGCACAGGAGUUGCACAAUGCCAGCGAAUCGAAUCAAAGCAGUUCCCGUCUGCUGGCACAGAAUACGCAAAACAAGCGACGCGUAUUUGGGGAGCACGAGGAGAUCAACGAUGAGGAUGUGGCGCCCGAGCUGCUGAUAACCAAAAAGCGUGCCGCCCACUCCAUGAUCAAUGGCAAAAUUGUCAUCCAGCAGGAGCACGACGUGAAGCCGCUGCACAUCAUCGAGCAACACAGGAAGCCCGUCGGUAAGCAACUGGAUGCGAAGGCUGCCAUAGCGGACCUCAAGCGCAAGGAGUCGCUAAACAAGAUGAAGCUGCAGCACGAACAAAAGAAAACGGCCAUACAGCAGGCAUUGGCCUCCACGGCGGCGGGUCAGGCCAAACGCAUCAAGUUCAGCGAUGCCGAAGAGGAGGAUGAGGUGACGCCAAAGCCAAAAAAGGAGCAGCCCAAAAAAGCUCUCUUCGAGGAUGACGAGGAGGAUGAGCAGGAACAAGAGGUGCUGCUGCCGCAGCAUAGCGGCAAGAAGGGCGAACGUCUGGUCGAAAUGCAAAGCAAACAAAGUUUGGAUCCCAGAUUUCGUAUAACAGCAAAUUUUGUGGCCGAAGAUGGUGAGGAUGAUGAUGAGGAGGCGGAGGCGGAGGAUGCAGCAGCUGAGCAGAAGCAACAGGACAAGGCACAGGAUAGCGAGCGCAACUGGCAAAUGGGCAUUCUGGAGCAGGUCAUUGGACGCAAAAUAGACAGCAGCAAUGCGCCCGGCGCCAAGGCGUCCAAGAACAAGAAAAUGUUGCGCUUUGAUCCCGCCAAAGAGGAACACCAGCAAAUGCUGCGUGUCAAGUCGAAAAAGGAAGACAACGCCAAGCCACAGCCAAAGGCGGCGACAGCAGCCACCGCUGAGGACGCCGCCAGGCCGGCGCCCGUCUCCCAGAAUGCAUUCUAUGUGGUCACCGAUACGCUGAAGCAAUCGCUUAAGACGCGUGGCGAGGGCUUCAGUCUGUUGGAAAUGUUUGGCAGCAGUCACGAGGAGGCGGUCGCCGAGCGACAGGAUCAGCUGGAGAAGCUCGGCCACGAAAAGAUAUUGGUCAACAAGUCCAACAAACUGGGUCUGGGCCAAGUCAAUCCCUUCAGCUACGAUUCCUCCGACAGCGAGGACGAUAAUCGUGAUGCGGAUGCACAGCAGCAGGCGCUGGCCAAGGAGAACGAGGCGCCCGUCAAGAUACCUGGCAAACAAAAGCCAAAAAAGUCACAAAUCUUUACCGAAACCUUUUUCAUACCCAAAAAUGAUGCCAGGCUCAAAGAGGGCGCGAAAUUAUUCAAGUCCAGCAAACCGGAGCUGGAGAACGAGAAUUAUGAUGAGGUUAAGAAGCGUCUUAAAUUCCUUAUAACCAAGAAAAUUUCCAAGACGCAGAAAAACAUUUCCGGCAAAGAUGUCAAGAAAAACAAGAAUAAAAAGCGAAAUAAAUUUUAAAAAUAUA